GAGAUUCCACACUCUCUUUACUGAUAUUUUUAAUGAUCAUCUGGCUACUUUCAUCUUCACCAUUUUUCUCCGCACCAAUCGAUCACAACUACCAAAUCCCUUGGGAGCUGGAAGCGGCUGAUCCUUAAAAUGGCUCAUGUGAAUGUGGUAAUGACGGGCUCCACAGUGUGUCUAUUGCUCACCUUAUAUUUCACAAUAAAGCUUGUGUCGCAACAUCUCUCAUCAUGGAAGAAGCCGAAGGAGCAACAAGCGAUACUUAUUAUCAUCUUAAUGGCUCCCCUGUAUGCUGUUGUUUCCUAUAUUGGUUUAGUUGAUUUCCUUGGGAGCAAUGCCUUUUUCACCUCUUUGGAGUCUGUCAAGGAAUGCUAUGAAGCCCUUGUUAUGGCCAAGUUUUUAGGUUUGAUGUACACAUACCUAAAUAUAUCCAUAAGCAAAAACAUAGUGCCAGACGGGAUUAAAGGAAGAGAGAUUCACCACUCAUUUCCUAUGACUCUGUUUCAGCCUCACACUGCCCAUUUAAAUCAUCACACUUUGAAGCUUCUCAAAGACUGGACAUGGCAGUUUGUUCUGAUCCGCCCGGUGUGCUCUGUGUUGAUGAUUGCUCUACAACUUCUUGGCAUGUAUCCCACUUGGAUUAGCUGGAUUUUCACCAUUAUCUUGAAUAUUUCAGUUUCACUGGCUUUGUACUCGCUUGUCGUUUUUUACCACGUGUUUGCUAAAGAGUUGGCCCCACACAAGCCGCUUUCUAAGUUUUUGUGUGUCAAAGGAAUUGUCUUCUUUUGUUUUUGGCAGGGAAUUGUGCUUGAGAUUCUUGUUGCCCUCGGCAUAAUCAAAUCACAUCAUGUCUGGUUUGACGUGGAGCACAUUCAAGAAGCUCUUCAGAAUAUGUUAGUGAUGGUGGAGAUGGUUCUCUUCUCCUUCUUUCAGCAGCAUGCGUACACUGCUGCCCCUUACCGCAAGGUAGACAAGAAAGACUGAUGAAUUUGUUUAUCAAUACAGUACAGACUGGCAUUUUCUUUUGUAGUGUUACACCCACACAUUCUGCAGCGUCUUUCAUCAGCGCUUAUUCCAUCAUACAUUUUAUGAUCACGAGUGGAUUGUGAUUUCCAAUUUUCCAAUUUUAUAAUACCCAAACUCUUUUGAGAGUAAGGCUUGGAUGAUGAUGUUGUUCUAUGUAUCUGUGUUUGUGUGUAUAUAUAGAACCAGAACCAUUUUAGUAAACUACCCAUUCUAUAAUCUGUAUUGUUUACAUUAUCAUAAAUUACUAUAGAUAAGAAUAACAAUGGUGUGAAUUUCAAAAUAGUGGGACUGUUUUUUCUCCAAAUUAGGAGUAACUAUUGGCAUGCAUAAAUGAUAAAUGCAUUCAUGCUUGAAAAGUACUGUUAAUUAUGCAUUA